AGUCAGUCCUCUCCCUCUUCCUGUAAUUCCACCCACUCGCUGGAUUUUGGGAUUUCUUUGGAAAACAGAUGCUCAGUGAGAGAGCAGAGCCAGCAGAUCCAUCAGAGACAACACGGCUCACAAUGGGGCACUUUAAAAGGCUUCGGAAUGUGUAAGCCAAACAAUGUCUCUCUGAACCAAGCUUUCUCUUCUGUUGUCACUGGUGUCGGGUUCCUGAGAGUAAGGUGGGUCGCCAAGAGCUGAAACAUUUUAGAAGAGAAUAUCUGGGCAAGAACCAAUGGAUUGGCUUAUUAGAUAUCACCAGGAACUCAAAUGCCUUCUAAUUGUACUAAUGCUUGGAAUACUGCACUGCCAAGGGGUUAAAGUAUCAUUUGCACCGCUGAAUCUGGAAAUGUUCAAUGAUUCGUAUCAGCAGCGUUUGUCUGUAAGGUGGAGUGUCAGCGAGAACGCCUAUUUGUCUGGCUCCGACAUCAUUUUUCACGCACAAGUUGGCCGGGACACACAAAUGAAUAUUAUCAGGAACGAGACUUACAUAUCAAAGUAUUCGGAUGCUGAAAAUCAGUUUACAUGGUUCUGGGAUUCUGAUGUUCCUUUGGAAUGUUACACUCACUUUGUGCGCAUCAGAGGGGCCCCAGCUGGGGACGAAUUGCCUGAAUGGAGUCCCUGGAGCCAAUGGAAAGCUCAUUACGGAAAAGAAAACCUGAGAGCAAAGCCUUACAUCUUCCCACAUGAAAAAAUUGUUCAGGAAGGGACCAGUGUAAAUUUUUGCUGCAUUCCAGGCAAAAAUCAAAAGGUUGCAAAGUUUUUUUGGAAAACUUGGUACGAUGCACCUGCCAACAGCAAUGGAACCUUUGAUUUUACAGUGCACAAUGUUUCCAGCACUAAGGCAGGUGGAGCAAAUGUUAUCUGCACUACAACCAAUGGGAUCCACAUAACCAUGCGUGGAACUGUUCUUUUUGUCACCAAACCACCAGAUGAACCAACAAACAUGUCCUGUGAAACACAAGAUUUAAAGACAUUAAUUUGCAGUUGGAACCCUGGAAAGAAAUCCAACUUGGAUGAAGAUCUUGCUCCUAAUUACAAACUGCAUGAGUGGUUUUCCAAAAAAACAAAAUUAUGUUCCAGAAGUGAGUGCACUUGGCCCAUUCAGAAGAACCAGAACAUAUAUAACUUUACAUUGGUUGCCAAGAACCAGCUAGGAAUGAAGAGCGUUAGUAUUUUGGUGGAUGCAACACAAAGAGUUCAUCCACUGGCCCCAACAGGCUUGGAAUUACAAUAUAUUAAUGCCACAAAUGCCAAGUUCAGAUGGACGUUGAAAGCAGAUUACACAGGUCUUCUCUUAUUAUGCCAAACUGAACUUCAGAUGAACAAUCACCAUGUUGAAUGGAGAAACAUCACAGUAAUGGGUAAAGCACCAACCUCGUUUUACACCAUUGCCCUUGACAGACUGCAACCAUAUACCAAUUAUACCAUGACAUUGCGUUGUAUGGCGGCAACGCAUUUGUCUACGUGGAGUGACUGGAGUGAGCAGCUUGAACUCAGGACUCAUGAAGAUGUGCCAACAGCACAACUUGACAUCUGGAGAGAAGUAAAGAGUUCUGAAAAUGGAAGGACUGUGACUCUUUAUUGGAGGCCUUUCUCAGAAAUCUACGCCACCGGAUAUAUUGUCUUUUACAACGUUACCUGGAGACGACUCUACGACCAAACUAAAUAUCAAAGCAGAGUUGUCCAUCCACCACAAAACACCACCCAGUUAUCCAUUGACAGACAGGCUUAUGUAAUCCACAUUACUGCCCAGAAUGGAGCUGGCAUUUCACCACCUUCAGAGAUAAGAAUUCCGAAUGAUGAUGAAAUUCGUGACAAUGGGCAAAUUAAAGAAGGAAGAGUAAAUGGCAAAGAUGGGGGCAUUUACGUAUCAUGGAAGCCUCACCCUGCUAAUUAUCAUGGAUAUGUUGUGGAAUGGUGCAACUUUCCAAAAUCUCAACAUUGUGACCUUCAGUGGAAGAAAUUCAAUUCCAGUGUUGCUAGUGAUGUCAUUAAAUCUGGUGCCUUUAAUCCAGGUGUGAGAUAUACCUUCAGGAUUUUUGGAUCUAAUGAAGAAGGAGAACAUUUUCUGGAGAAGAAGUCAGGAUAUAUACAGGAGCUAGCGUGUUCCAUGAGGAUGAGAAUAACGAUUGAUGGAAUCCAAGCAGACAUGUUGCAUCUGACAUGGGAUCCGUAUCAACGUUACACCUGCCAAGAAGGAUUUAUCACUCACUACAGAAUUUACUUAAAAAGCCCUGAAGGAAACUGUCAGAUGAAAGGUUCAACUGAACUCCCUCUUACAGAUGGGAAGAGCGUGUGUAUGAUUUCUAUCAAUGAUACUGAAAAGAAGAGCUUUUCUAUAAAUCCCCUGAAACCAAAUACAAAGUAUGAAAUAGCUAUGGCGGCCUCUACUGGUGGUGGAGAAAGUCCUCUUGAAUUUACUAAAGUCACAACUCAGCCCGACACAGCAGCAGUUAUUAUUGCCAUAGCCCUGCCGGUGAUUAUUGUGUCCAUCAUGUUGCUACAGCUCCUCCUCCUGGGAUACUGGAAGAGGCAAUGGGUAAAGAACAUGUGUUAUCCAGAUAUACCUGAUCCAAACAAGAGUAAUGUCCUCUCUUUUCCAACCCUUAAGGAACAUGAAGAGAAAGUGAUGGUGCCAAGAAACUGUGUUGUUCAAAAAAUUGAAAUUGUGAAUCAGCAGAAAGUGGAAGAAGUGGAAGAAGUGCAGCUGAGCCAGGCCCAGAGCAAGGAGAUUGAGAAGUUGAGUUGCAGAAGCGAAGAGAACGACUGUGCCAAUGUAAGCAGCUCCCUGGAUGAUAUGAAUUCUGCAGGCCUGUUAUAUCAAACCUUUGAUGAUCCAAUCAAUCGGACUCAACCAAGCAUUUAUUUGGAGUUCUUCAACAGGAACUAUUGCGGAACACCAGAAGAUGCUUUUGAAAUCCUAACAAGUCAAGGCUAUCAGCCGCAAAGAGAGAUUCAGCCAACGGUGAUGCCAAAAUGAUCAUUUCUCUACAGAUGGCUGAGCAGCCGCCACAAGGUUUUAUUGCACUUUGAAACCUUCAGAUAAAAGAACAAAAUCCCGAAGCAUUAAAACUCGGCUCAGGUUAUUUAGGGAUUGGGGGUUGUUUACUUUCCGGCAGUGUCGGACUGGGACACCAGGGGCCCACCCAAAAACCUUAGACCAGGGGUCCACCAAAGAACCAUAGACGAGGGGCCUCUCAGUAAUAUUAUUAUUCUUCUCCUCACUCAGCCUCUAUUCUCCUAGUCUCUUUUCUUUACAUACUAGAAUAUAUGAUUCCAUCUGCAGUAUUUAGCCUCUUUGUUCUCAUAGAAAUAGGGAAUGGCCAUGAAAUAGGCCAAAUGUUUAGCAGCAUGAGGGCCACUGACACCUGGGCCCAACGGAAGUUUUCCUGGUUGGCCAGUCCAACACUGCUUUCCGGCCACCAAGAAACCACACCAGCCUGGAGUGACGUGAGUGCAGCCAUGAUAGUGGGGAAUAGUGGUGCCAAUACAAUAUAUAUAAGUAGGAAAUGUUAUGCAAUCGUUGCACUUAUGUGCAAUUUAUUCCCACUUGUCUUUCUUUGCACUUGUUUUUAGCCACAGAUAUUGGCCAUUGAGAAAUACAUGGCGGGAUAUUUUUGCAUUUAUUGGCAUAUUGAGAGGGAAGGAUUAUCAGUACAUGGAAUCACAGAAUUAAAGGGCAUGUAAAGUCUAAAAUAGAAUAAGGCUAGAAAUGCUGUAUUUUGUAUACUAAAU